CCGUGAUGCCACUCAGCUGACAACUGCUGCGUCCACUCUCGUAAAAAGUCAAGAUCGCGGUAUGCCGAAGUGGGCUGACCGCACUGAUGUCUCCGCUGAAGGCAGCGACCGUGGUGACGUGGCUUGUCCCUGGAGCCGCCCGUCGGUGAAAUGCCACCACCUCCGCCAAUACUACCGCCUGCUGACUCCCGGCGAAUCUAAACGCAGCGGCAGUGCAGAAGAACUGCGCCAAUCUUCGCAGAUAAGGACUGAGCCGCGGAUGACGAACUUGCCGGAUCUCAGAGAUGUAGCCACGUGGCUGCAACAGAUGAUUGGCAAGAGCUUGCUCCGUGAUGAAACUCAUGGCGAGGACGGGGAAGAGGACGAGGGAUGGGAACAAGAGGGAGAGAACGAGGCGGGGGCUAGAUCGUCGUCGUCCUCGUCUUCAGCAGACGAGGGGGACGAAGGGAGAUCAGAAGGAGGGAGGAGACGGAUGUAAGAGAUAUGGCGGACGAUAGGGACAGAGCUAUGGCUGACGCUAGCUUCGGGAGCAAUGCGCACCGUAUUGGCACCGUUGGGUCCGAGCUCGACAAAGC